GGUCGAGUUUUCCAGUUACGUCACGACAGUUUUCCGCGAGAGUUCCAAGUUCGAGCUACAUACGAACACCCCCGCCUCGCAUAGUGCCCAGUUGGAUUUUCGUUUGGCCGGAAAAACACAUGCUGGUGUGUUUUUUUUAGAUUGAACAAAGUAGUCGGCGCGUUGAUUUUCACAGCUCAGUUUGUGAGUUUCCCUUACGUAUGCCGCCUCACACUCAUUUCUAAUUGUGAUUCGUAGGAAGUAAGUUCUCUAGUGCAAAAUAUAUUCUAAUAAAAUAGUCAUCAAAAUAAAAUCGGAACACAACAAUAAAUACAAGUAAAACACCACCAAAAUAUAUCCGAAAUAUUCGAAAAGAAAUUCAUCAAAGAAUAAACGAAAAGUAUCUACAACGCGUCGCCAUCGAUCGGUCUUCUUGUUGUUCAACCGUUUAACUGAAAGAAAAUAAAAACGCAUCGAGAUUUGAAUAAAAUUUAAUAUCUGGCAUCACGCAACUGCAAUACCAACGUCUGUGAACUUCAACGCAAGCCAUCAACGAACGCCAAAAGGAUAACGUAACGCAGCGGUACGUAAGGACUAGUGCAACGACAACAAAUCGGAAGUCUCCCAAGAGGACAUAACGAUUUCAACAAAAAAAUCCCAAGGAAUAUAUCCAAACUGUGUAUACAUGCUUGCUACAACCAUCAAGCCAGUGAUUGAAACUUCGAUAGCCGCUACAUCAGCCGCCUAAUAUCGCCAUCCGAUCUGAACCGAUCCGAUCCUUGAAAAAAAAUCUCAAUUAAUCCGAACCCGGUCGAUCCCAACGACCACGAUAAUAAGAUUUCGGCCAGCGCGCACCCCAUAACCCAGUAACAGCCUCAAGAUUCUUCCCUUCGGAGCCGCCAACUUUCGUCUGGAGACGACACCACCAGAGAUGCACAAGAUUGCAGCCGCACCACCGCCGGCCGCAGCGCCAACUGGAGCGCUGGAGGCCCCACUGGCGGGACCCAAAUAUGGCACACUCAUCCCCAACCGCAUCUUUGUUGGCGGAAUAAGUGGCGAUACCACCGAGGCUGACUUGACUCGCGUCUUCAGUGCCUAUGGAACUGUGAAGAGCACCAAGAUCAUCGUGGACCGCGCCGGCGUCAGCAAGGGCUAUGGUUUCGUCACAUUCGAAACGGAGCAGGAGGCACAAAGACUGCAGGCAGAUGGUGAAUGCGUGGUAUUGCGCGAUCGCAAACUGAACAUUGCACCGGCCAUCAAAAAGCAGCCCAAUCCUCUACAGUCGAUUGUGGCCACCAAUGGAGCUGUCUAUUAUACCACCACGCCGCCGGCACCCAUCAGCAACAUCCCCAUGGAUCAGUUCGCAGCCGCUGUAUAUCCGCCAGUUACUGACUUUACAGCCGCUGGAGUGCCAGCCAUCUACCCACCUUCAGCCAUGCAAUAUCAGCCAUUCUAUCAGUACUACAGUGUGCCAAUGAAUGUACCCACCAUUUGGCCUCAGAAUUAUCAAGAAAACCAUUCACCAAUGCUGCACUCGCCAUCGACGAACAACCACCCACAACACCAGCAACCACAGCCAUCAAAUGCCUGGCCGGAGGACCAUCACCACCACAGUAACAUCAACCUGACUGGGUGCAUCAUGCCCAGACUUUAAGCCCUCAUCCGAUUCUUGGGCGAUAGGGCAGGGAGCAGGGAGUGGCUGUAUGGCGGGGCUAGCUAUAUAGCACAUAGGA